AUUUGAAUAUAAUAAUCUAUUGACAAAUGUAUAAAAGUAAAGAAGAUCUAUAUAUCAAUAGCUCAAAAGAAACAGUUAUUAAAUAAAUAAAAAUGGGCAUACCAUAUGAUGAAAACUUGGUAUGGAUAGUAGUGGUUGGAUUCUUAGUGGCCUUUAUUUUGGCAUUUGGAAUCGGAGCAAAUGAUGUUGCAAAUAGUUUUGGAACAAGUGUUGGUGCAGGAGUACUUACAAUAUUUCAAGCUUGCAUUUUAGCAACCAUCUUUGAAAUUGCUGGGGCUGUACUUAUCGGCUAUAAGGUUUCUGAUACUAUGAGAAAAGGUAUACUAGAUGUAACAUUAUAUGAAGGCCAUGAAAAAGAAUUAAUGAUAGGAGCAUUAUCUAGUUUAGCUGGAUCUGGUAUCUGGCUAUUACUGGCAACAGCAUUGCGAUUACCUAUUUCUGGAACACAUUCUAUUGUUGGUGCUACAGUUGGUUUCUCACUUAUCUGUAAAGGUACUGCAGGGGUCAAAUGGAUAGCUCUUGCAAAUAUAGCAGCGUCUUGGUUUGCAAGUCCUGUACUUAGUGGAAUUGUAUCAGGUGCUAUAUUUUGGGUUCUAAGAAAAUCAAUACUUCAAUCUAGUAAGCCUUUAGAACAAGGUCUUCAUAUACUCCCAUUAGCAUAUGGACUCACUGUUGCUAUUAAUGUUAUGUCAGUUGCACAUGAUGGACCUAAACUUCUGAAGUUAGAUCAAGUGCCAUGGUGGGGUAGUUUACUUGCUGCAUUAGGUUUUGGUACAUUUUCAGCUACCAUUGUUUAUUUAUUUGUUGUGCCAUGGCAAAGAAAAAGAAUAUUACUUACAUUGAGUAGCAACGAAAAAACAGCAACAACUAAGUUUGGUACCUGUGAUAAAAAAGAAACAACAGCAUUAUCUGUUAUUUCUGAAGCUCCAUGUAGUAGUAGUAGUAAUGGUAAUGCAAAAGAAGUAGCGCCAAAAUUACGUGGCAAUAGCAGUGCAAGUCCUCUCUUAAUGGUAGCAGGAUCAGAUACUGAGGGUGCUCAAACUGAAAUUGAAAGGAAAAAUGAAGAACCACCAGAAAUAUCUAAACUUUUUGCUUUUCUGCAAGUAUUAACUGCAGCAUUUGGAAGUUUUGCUCAUGGUGGUAAUGAUGUUAGCAAUGCAAUUGGUCCACUUAUUGCACUUUGGGCUGUAUAUGCAGAAGGGUCAGCUAGACAAGAAACAGAAACUCCAAUACUUAUAUUGCUUUAUGGUGGUUUAGGAAUAUCAACUGGUCUUUGGGUAUGGGGACGUAGAGUGAUACAAACUCUAGGACAAGAUUUAGCUCGUAUUACACCAACUACUGGAUUUACUAUAGAGGUAGGAGCAGCAGUAACAGUUUUGUUGGCAAGUAAGGCUGGUUUACCUGUGUCAACAACUCAUUGUAAAGUAGGAUCUGUUGUUUGUGUGGGAUGGGCUUCACGUGGUGGUGAGGGAGUUUCAUGGAAAUUAUUCCGCAAUAUUGCAUUUGCAUGGUUAAUUACUGUACCAGUGGCUGGCUGCUUAUCUGCAGGAUGUAUGGCUAUUUUUAAGGAAAUAAUUAGUUUGUGA